UUUGUUGCUCUGUCCUGCAAGUUCUGUCCGACGUUCUCACUUACUUUACCUGUGAUCAGUCUUGACGAAAACCUUCGACUUUCCCAUCCUCACAUUAGCCAAUUCUUUUCAGUGACAGUCAAGAUGCAGAACAUUUUUGAGGUUGAUCCCAUCCCGACGGUGAUACCGACACCUACCAAAUAUGAGCACUCAUCCCAGACUGGCAACAGCAUCCUAUGGGUCGUCUUCGUCAUCAUGGUAGUUGCCUCUGGCUUCUUUGCCCUCCUGUCCUGGAACAUUCCCGUCUCGAAGCGCCUCUACCACUAUGUCACUACUAUCAUCACCAUCACUGCCUCUCUGGCCUACUUCAGCAUGGCUAGCGGACAUGGCGUCAACUACCACUGCAUUCAGGUCAAGAAUGAGCACGACAAGGUUCCUGACACCUACCACGAAGUCUGCCGCGAGGUCUACUUUGCUCGUUACGUCGACUGGGCCAUCACUACCCCCUUCUUGCUGGUCGAUCUCUGCCUCCUGGCCGGAAUCGAUGGGGCUCACACCAUCAUGGCUGUCAGCGCCGAUCUGGUCAUGGUCCUGACAGGCCUCUUCGCCGCCUACGGCACUGAAGACACGGCACAGAAGUGGGGAUGGUAUGCCAUCUCCUGCAUUGCAUACAUCUUCGUCAUCUGGCACGUCGCUCUUCAUGGAAGCAAGACAGUCAAGGCCAAGGGCAACAAGGUGACCAAGCUGUUUGGCUCCCUCGCUCUGUUCACCUUCAUUCUGUGGACAGCGUACCCAAUUGUCUGGGGCUUUGCCGAUGGUGCCCGCAAGACAUCUGUCGAUGGCGAGAUUUUGGCUUAUGCGAUCCUCGACGUCCUCGCCAAGCCUAUCUUCGGUCUUUGGCUGUUGCUGAGCCACCGCAGUGUACCCGAGACCAACGUCGAGAUUGGUGGAUGGUGGGCUCAUGGUCUGUCCUCUGAGGGACGCAUUCGCAUCGGUGACGAUGACGCCUAAUCAUCUUUACUGCGAUAUUUCAACCACCAAUGCCUUGCACAGUUUGGAGGCAUGUAUACGCCUCCAGUGCCGCAAGUCGUAAGAGUGGCCCAGCCUCGGCUACCGGCUUUGAAAGCAAAUUGACGUCAAAAUGCUAUGCGACAGGUAGGACAAGUUAACAAAAGUACGUGGGGACGCGGAAAAUUGCACCCUUCUAAGUUCCGCACUUCUAGGGUCUAUUCUUUUCUUCAAUUGGAGUGUGGCAUGUACUGGAAUAAUAUUCUGAGCUGCAUCAAGGCGCCUUUCUCUUCUUCUGCGUCUUCUCAUUGGGGUAAUAUAAUCAUGCUUGUGUUUUGGACGUGUAGCUUAAUUGAUGAUUAAUAACUCAUCAUCAUACACGAAAUCUGUCUCCUUGAUUCGGUUUCUGUGUCCAUU